UUAACCAACGUUUCAUUACGUGUGAGGCAGGGUGAGAUGUUAGCUGUAACAGGACCAGUUGGAAGUGGAAAGUCCUCUCUGUUGAUGGCAAUUCUUGGAGAGCUCUCUGCUAUCAGCGGAACAGUGACAUUAAAUGGAAGAGUCGCUUACGUUCCACAAAUUCCUUGGGUUUUUUCAGGCACCAUCAGAGACAACAUUUUAUUUGGAAGACCUCUUGACGUUAGUAGUUACUAUAAAACUCUUGAUGUUUGCUGUAUGCAACCAGACUUACAAAACUUCCCUAAAGGAGAUUUGACUGAGAUAGGACACCGUGGAGUAAGUCUCAGUGGUGGUCAGCGUGUACGUGUAAGUUUAGCUCGUGCACUGUACUCGGCUGCUGAUGUCUAUUUGCUGGAUGAUCCCCUCAGUGCAGUGGAUGCCAAAGUUGGAAAGCAUCUCUUUAAUAACUGCAUUUGCGGAUUUCUCUCAAACCGAACUCGUGUUUUUGUGACUCAUCAGCUUGACUUCUUAACUCACAUACCUGACGUUAUAGUGCUGAACAACGGUGUUAAAGUUGGGGAAGGACAAUGCUUCCAGGAUGAAGAGUCCAAAAGUUUGCUUCUCAAACUGAAAGUGCUGAGGGGACAUGCCAAUCUUCCCCGCAUCGAAGCCCUCAGCUUCCUUAUGAUGAAGACCUCGGGGAUCAAGAUUUAAAAGAAGAGGAAGAAGACCGCAAUACUGGUUCCAUUACUUGGAAGAUAUAUUGGAGCUACAUCAGGACAGCUCUCGGAGCUCCUUUGGUGCUUUGCCUUUCUGUUGCUGUUCUUAGCAUGAAAGGUAUGAGAACAACAUUCCUUUUGAACGACAGCAACCUGAUAUUUUCUACUAUUGUAACUCACAAGGUCCAUUUUCAUUAGUGUGGGUAACCUUUUGGUUUUAUCUUGGUAAAGACCUCUUAGGUUUUAUAUGGUAUACCAAUAACAUGGCUCAAUCAGAUAUGUAUUUAUGAAUUCAAGUUUUUUUCCUGCCUGAAAAGGGCCCCAAAAACUCAAAUCAAACAUGAAAAUGGGACUAUGGUUACAUUUACCUCUUCGGGGGAAAAUAUGUAUGUUUUAGCUGAAAUACCAGGGAUAUUAAUCCAGGCUGAUCUGGAAGCGAUUUUCUCAGGGGAAAGAUACCUGUGUAUCAUUAAUUCUGGCACUAUUUUUCAAUGAUAUGAUUUCAUUAAUUAUACCUUUUAUGAUUAUUACUUACUGUUUUCAUUUUUUCAGGGUUACUGGUUGCUUCGUACUGGUGGGCUUCUCAGGUUGCGGAAAUGAGUCAGGAGCGGCAGAGAUCUUUCGCGACAUUGGGAAUAUACGGCGCUAUCGUUGGAUUAUCAUUUUUAGGCAACAUAGCUGUCUCACUACUUUUUUGUUUCAUUCUCCUUAAAGCUUCCGAAAUAUUGCACAACAAAAUGGUCUUGGCUGUCCUCAGGGCACCAGUGCUGUAUUUUGACAAGACCCCAGUUGGACGCAUUUUAAAUCGUUUCUCAAAAGACAUCGGGAACAUGGACGACGUUUUGCCUACUCACUUCCUCCUGGCUGUCGAAGUUUCUUUAUUUUCUUUCAGCACCGUUCUUCUUCCUACUGCAGCCAACGCUUGGCUUAUUUUAGUUGCGACUCCUGUUGUCGCAAUUGUGUUAUAUUAUGGACGAUAUUAUAUGAGGUCAUCUCGUGAAAUCAAAAGAUUGGAGGCUAUCACCUGCAGCCCUGUAUAUUCGCACAUUUCAGAGACCAUCGCUGGACUUGAAAUAAUUCGCUCAUCUCAAAUGGAGCAGCGUUUCUUGAAAAGUCUCUUCAAGUAAGUUGGAAUCUGAAACCAAAGAUAAAUUAUUUUGAAAGAAUUGGAAAGUGAUGAAAUAAAUGAAAAAGCAAGUUAAAUAUCUGCUCUUCAUUGCGAAAAUUAAGAGUUUGAAAUAUUUUGAAAUUGAUAAUAACUUUUUAUAACACACUUUCGAUUUGAGCCGCUACGUUUCUACUGCCCACUAAGACUAAUUUCUUCAUAGUGAUACAUGUCACCUUAUAACGCUUUAUGCUCAGAUUUGAUUCCCUGAUAUUCAACAGUUGUGAAGAUAAAUACUUUCUUUAAUAAGUCGAAAAGUCGCCACCCACAGCUGUAGUGACUACAUCGUGAGACAAACGAUGAAACUUCGUAAGAAGUAUAAUUGCCUCCUUCAAUGCCUACAACUUUUUUUAUCUUGGUUCAUUCAAUUCAGACUUUUAAUUCUGUACUGACGAGAAAUUAAUUUUUUCCUUCAUAGAGGCGUUGCUAAAUAAUUAGCAUUGAAUGGCCUUAGUUACCUCGGGAGAGAGUUCAUUUGUGAUACGCGUACUUAAUAAAAAAAAUUACUAAAAUAAUUUUAUCCGUCUCAAAUAAUAGAUGAAAUGGUAAAUUAAAAGGACACCAGAAAGAAAAGGGCAGAUUACAUUGCGUUACUGGAAUCCUUUGAUAGCGUAUAUGUCUAUGCAUUCAACUGAAUUCUUUUCAUCUUUUAAGAUACCAGGAUGAAAACACAUCAGCUUUAAUCAUGGUAGUAACAAGCACACAAUGGCUUACUGUACGCAUGACACUUGCAUGCAGUCUAAUGAUAGCUGCAGCAGCAAUUGGUGCAGUUCUUGUCACUCAAAGCCCAGGUAACGUUUGCAUCAAUUUUUCAGAGCUUCGUAGGUCCUUUAGUUAAAGUAACUGGUAGCUUUUGUUUGUGUUGGAAAUAAUAACUGAGUUUCUGCUCUGCGGUUGGCGGACAAUGGACAGAUAGACGGACUGACAAAGACUGAUACAUAUACGCGACCUAAAGGUAAAAGCACGCACGGGCAGGUAGCCAGGAAGAUAAAUGAACAAACAGUGGUGGGUUAACAGACACAAAUUGAAAGACUUGUCGGACCUAAUCACAGACACAUAGAAAUACGAACUGACAGAAAUACAAACAGGCAGACAGUAACAGCCAAAUAAACAGACAGAAGGAUCUAAUUGAACCGACAGGCAUAGAGAUUGACAGCCAGGUAGAAAACCGGCGGACGCGUAGACAAAGAACAGAGAGAAAGAAGUACGGCAAAAAAGCACUUCGCACCUCAAGAAUUUCUGGUUAUAUUAUAUUCAUUAUUGAAAUCAUACUUUAGCUUUGGCAGGGAUGUCCCUUUCUUUCUUGCUUGAGUCAUUGGAUGAGGUCCAGUAUGGCGUCAAAGUAAGUUCUGACGUUGAGAACUACAUGACUUCAGUUGAGAGAGUAAUGUGGUACACCACUUUAGAAGCUGAGCCAGGAUAUAGCACAAGAACCUGUCCUCCUUCGUCUUGGCCGCAGCGGGGUGACAUAACCAUCCGCAAGAUGUCCCUGAGGUACAUUAAAGGUGGUCCUCUAGUUUUGAAAGACAUCAGUUUCUCUGUUGCUGAUAAGGAGAAGAUAGGUAUUGCAGGCAGAACGGGAGCUGGCAAGUCAUCCAUUAUUGCUGCACUUUUGCGCAUGCCUGAACCAGAAGGAAAGGUUAGAAUACGGUACUUCACACAACAUAUCCAAGGAUUUUUAUGACAUGAAAAUCGAACCUACUUUGCAACGUUCGGGACUAGUUUUGUAAAAACGCAUGCGGGAAAGUGCCAUUACUUAACAUAUUGCUGUAAACUCCAGUAAGCUAUGAGCAUCUAAAAUAUUUAUGUACUGUAGUUGUUACGAGAGUACCGAUCAGAUCCGCUGUGAGAAACUAAAACUGAAACACCAAUAUUAAUUCAAUUUUGGUGUUGUGUACUGAUCUCAUAAUGAAAAUCCCAACAAUCGUUUAGUUAGUAUCGUUUAACACUCGAUAGAAUUUUGAGUAAAAGGGCGGGAUGCAAGUCACUUCAACAAUUGGUUUUCUGAGAAGACUUUCAAAAGCAAAGAAUUGAAAAUUGUGUUUAUUGAAUUGGAAUCUGUUAUUUAAAAACUGCCCUUUGUUAAACAACAAAUUGCGUGGGCAAAACAUGAAACAUCAAGGUAUGAGACUUUUGAAAGUUUGAAACCACAUUACCACAUUACAUGAUAAAUAUUCCUUGCAUGAUUUGAUAAUAUCAAUUACGAUAUUAUUUACUUUCCAUUUGUUGGUCACAGGUGUUAAUUGACGGUGUCGAUGUUGGAACUCUUAACCUUCAGACGGCGCGGCGUUCCAUGGCUGUUAUUGCGCAGGACCCAGUUCUCUUUGGAGGUAGUUUGAGGAGAAACCUCGACCCAUUUUCAGAGCAUACAGAUCUGGAGCUUUGGGCUGCUCUUGAAGACGUGCGGUUAAAAGCCAUGGUGGAAAAGCUUCCUGGUCAGCUUCACUACCAGGUAAAGGAAGCAGGGUCCAACUUCAGUGUUGGUGAGAGGCAGCUGGUUUGUUUGGCUCGUGCAUUGGUUCAGAAGUGCAAGAUCAUCGUUAUGGAUGAGGCCACUGCCAAUGUAGAUUUCAAGACAGACAACCUGAUUCAGCAAGUCAUUCGUCACAAGUUUAAAGACUCCACAGUACUGACGAUUGCUCAUCGUCUGAAUACCAUUAUGGAUUAUGACAAGGUGCUGAUUCUUGAUGGCGGACGAGUGGUGGAAUUUGACAAACCUGAAAUUUUGAUACAGAAUGGUGGAAAGUUCGCUGAACUGGUAAAGAAUACCAAUGAGUGGAAAAUGUAA